AUGGAUAAUUGUUAUUGUUUAAUUAGACUCAUUUUAUCUAAAAAGAUAGUCUUAUAUUUUUUUCAAGACCAUAAUCACAAUAUAAAUUAUCCUAUUUGUUUUACAGCUUAUAAUGCUAAUAUUUUAUCUAAAUUAAUCGAUGUUUAUAAAAAUACAAGAUAUUUGUCUAUCCAGCAUUAUUUAUAUUUAGGACAAGAAAUCUUUAAAGCAGAACAGUGUUUAUUUUUAGGUCAAGAAUACAUACAAAAUUAA